AUGAGAGAAAACAAACUACCUCACCUUUUUCAAACAAGAGGGAGGAGCAAAAAUCAGUGAACUUUUACAGUAGAACCUGGCAGCCUGUGAUGAUCCUGCCAAAGGCAAACUUCAAUGAGUCACAGAAUUUCCUUUCUGGUGAAUUGAGUGCCGCUUUUGCUUUUCUCAGAUUCCAAAUGAGAGUAUACAUUUUUCUUUGUUUGAUGUGCUGCGUAAGAUCUGAGAAUAAAAGACCAUGCCUUGAAUUCUCUCAGCUAAGUGUAAAGGAUUCCUUCAGAGAUUUAUUUAUUCCGAGAAUAGAGACAAUUCUGAUGAUGUAUACAAGGAACAACCUAAAUUGUGCUGAGCCACUGUUUGAACACAAUAACUCACUUAAUGUUAAUUUCGACACAAAAAAGAAAACAGUCUGGCUUAUUCAUGGAUAUAGACCAGUGGGCUCCAUCCCAUCAUGGCUUCAGAACUUCCUAAGGAUUUUGCUGAAUGAAGAAGAUAUGAAUGUAAUUGUAGUAGACUGGAACCGGGGUGCUACAACUUUUAUUUAUAGUAGAGCAGUUAAAAACACCAGAAAAGUUGCUGUAAGUUUGAGUGGGUACAUUAAAAAUCUUUUGAAGCAUGGUGCAUCUCUUGACAAUUUUCAUUUCAUAGGUGUGAGCUUAGGGGCUCAUAUCAGUGGAUUUGUUGGAAAAAUAUUUCAUGGUCAACUUGGAAGAAUAACAGGUCUUGACCCUGCCGGGCCAAGGUUCUCCAGAAAGCCACCAUAUGGCAGAUUAGAUUACACUGAUGCAAAGUUUGUGGAUGUCAUCCAUUCUGACUCCAAUGGUUUAGGCAUUCAAGAGCCCUUGGGCCACAUAGAUUUUUAUCCAAAUGGAGGAAAUAAACAACCCGGCUGUCCUAAAUCAAUUUUCUCAGGAAUUGAAUUCAUUAAAUGCAACCACCAGAGAGCAGUUCACUUGUUCAUGGCAUCUUUGGAAACAAACUGCAAUUUUAUUUCAUUUCCUUGUCAAUCAUACAAAGAUUACAAGACUAGCUUAUGUGUGGACUGUGGCAGUUUUAUCAAUAAAUCAUGCCCUUGGCUGGGUUAUCAAGCCAAGCUAUUUAAAGAUGUUUUAAAAGAACGAAUGGAAGAAAGACCACUUAGGACCACUGUGUUUUUGGAUACUAGUGGCACAUAUCCAUUCUGUACCUAUUAUUUUGUUCUCAGUAUAAUUGUUCUGGAUAAAACUAUGACAGAUGGCUCUUUUUCAUUUAAAUUAUUAAACCAGCUUGGAAUAAUUGAAGAGUCAAGGCUUUAUGAAAAGAACCCACCAUUUUAUAAACUUCAGGAAGUCAAGAUUCUUGCUCAAUUUUACAAUGACUUUGUAAAUAUUUCAAGCAUUGGUUUGACAUAUUUCCAGAACUCAAAUCUCCAGUGUUCCACAUGCACAUACAAGAUCCAGAGUCUCAUGUUAAAAUCACUUACAUAUCCAGAAAGACCACCACUUUGCAGGUAUAAUAUUGAACUUAAAGAAAGAGAGGAAGUAUUUCUUAAUCCAAACACAUGUACACCAAAGAAAACAUAAAAUGCUGUCUUUCAUCAAAUACACUUGUUUGUGAAUUAAUGGACUUGUAAAUAAUGCAAUUAGUUUUUCUUUUAUAAUGCACUGUUCAAUUUGAGAUUCAGAUAUUUCUAUUUCUUGAAAAAAAUUUAAGAAUCAAAAAUAAAGAAAUAACGCAUACAGUUAAACAUUC